AUGAAGGACUAUGCAGGCAUGUCUGGCCUCCAUAUCAAUGCAGCUAAGUCGCAAAUCUUUAUAGCAGGAAGUAAUCGAUCGGAGUUGAUCACUGAGGCAGAAGCUCUCGGAAUAGGAGUGGGAAACCUUCCCAUUCGAUAUCUAGGAAUGCCACUUACUACGAAGUCCCUAACGCCUCAUGACUAUGAGCCUUUAAUUGACAAGAUCAGAAAGAAGAUGCUCUGCUGGUCAAAUAAGAGUUUAUCGUUUGCGGGAAGACUACAGUUGAUCAAAUCGGUCAUCACGAGUAUGGUAAAUUUCUGGAGUUCUGCUUUCAUCCUACCUGCUAAGCGUUUGGAUACAAUUGAGAGUAUGUGUAGCGCCUUUCUCUGGUCAGGAUCACCAACUCAAACUCACAAGGCUAAGGUGAGUUGGGACGACUUGUGUUACCCUAAAGAAGAGGGAGGUCUGGGGGUCCGAAAGUUGAGAGAUACCUCCAAAGCCAAUGCUUUGAGACUUAUAUGGAGGUUGUUUACGCAAUCUGAUUCACUGUGGGUAUGCUGGAUCAAAUAUUAUCUGCUAAGACAGAGCUCUUUUUGGGACGUAAGAGAUGAUACAAAGGGUUCAUGGAUGUGGAGGAAACUUCUUAAAUUAAGAGACAUGGCUUAUGAGUUUAUGAGAGUGGAGGUCAGAGAUGGUGCUACUACACAUUUUUGGUUUGAUAAUUGGAUGGGGGUAGGGAAAUUGAUAGAUGCCACAGGCGCCAUUGGCACUACGUAUUUGGGACUUACUCGCCAAGAACUGGUUUGUAAUGCUGUCUCUGGAGACGGAUGGAGUAUGAGGAACAAACGAAGCAGGCGGUUUCAGCUUCUGUAUAAUCAGAUCCUUGCGGAGCAAGUUCCAAGUGUGGACAGGGGAAGCGACUUGGUUUUACGGAAGCAGGGGGAGGAUGAUUAUAAGGACAGUUUCUCUACGGCUAACACAUGGGAGCAGAUCAGAAGAAAGAAGCCAAAGGUAGAUUGGUGCAGGGUCGUUUGGUUCUCCCAAAACAUUCCUAGGUACGCGUUUAUCACUUGGCUGGCAAUACAAAAUAGACUAUCCACGGGAGACAGGAUGAGGAGCUGGGGUAUCACACAGGGCUGUGGACUAUGUGGAGAACGGGAUGAGACCAGGGACCAGGGGCGGACGGAGAGAAGGAGUAACGGGGUCACGUGA